UUUUUAAAAUACCGUGAUGGUCGUCGGGUAAAAUCAGAAACCUCACAACACUGCUGAACAAGAGUCAGGUACUCGUGACUGCAAGAUCUGAUCUCUUGCGCAGAAAGGGUGAUUUCAGUGUUGAAGAUAAGUUCGGGGAUACUUCAUUAGAUCGCGUCAACCCUUUUCGUGUGUUCGUUGAGAUGCGAAUCAGAAAUAAGUAAAGUGCAACGAGGAAUUUAAAAGUUUUUCUUCCUUUACUAGCCAGAAGGGUACAUUACGCAAAAACAAUGUUGAUAAGCUACGGGAUAUUAAGCGUAUUGAUGUGGCUGAUCAACUCUACCUUAUCCGAAAAUAGAAACUACACUUCUGCAGAUUCUGAAUUCUAUGAAGAAUCAUUAUUCAAAUGUACUAAACAAGGAUUCCAUCCUGAUCCUCGAAACUGUAGUGUGUUUUACAGAUGUGUCAAUUGGGGCCACAGCAGAGCACUAACUACUUUUAAAUUUGAGUGCGGUGGUGGUACAGUUUUUUCAAAAAAUAAAGGAAAUAUAUGCGUGCCUCCAAAUGAGAGUGAAAGAAAUGAUUGUAAUGAUUCACGAAACGAAAUUAAUUCUAUAUGGCAAAAUUCUCAACAUUAUUCUAAUUCUGCAGUAGUGCCAUCUUCAAUAAGUAGCUAUCUAUCUGGAAACGGAAAUGAUGUGACUGCACACUAUCAUUGCAGCGGCGAAGAGUUCAUAGAGGAUCCUGAAGAUUGUAGAAAAUUUUACAGAUGCGUAAAAGAAGGAUCAGGUAACUAUGUGAAAUAUGAAUUCACGUGUGGAACUGGUACAAUUUGGGAUCAAGAUACACAAGUAUGUAAUCACCCUUGGGCAGUCUCACGGAAAAAGUGUUCGAAAUCAUUUCCAGAGUUAGACAUCAACGACACUGAAGAUCAGUGGAAUGGAGAUCCUUCUACGAGACAUCCUCCAGAUGCAAGUAUAAUACCUGAAUAUUCUAGCUAUUCUGUUUACCUAAGCCAGGUUAACCGACCUGUUUAUCCCAGUCAACCUAACCAAUCUGUUUAUCUCAGUCAACCUGAUCAACCUGCUUAUCAAAGUAAACCGAGUCAACCUACUGAUUUUGAGCUAGCCAGAAAAUAUAGUUAUCUCGGACAAAUUAAUCAUCCUUUUUAUCCCAUAAAAGCGAAAAACCCCAGUUAUCCUGAAGAGAUGAAUGAGUUAACAUCUGAUAAAGUGCCAGGUCUUUCACAUGCAUCUUACACAUCCAGUGCUUCCACUACUGCAGGCACUUCAGUAUUGCCACCAAGACCAAUUAUGUCAAGUUCUGAAAUACAUGAACCAUUUCUUACUCAAUCAGUGACUAAAACAAUAAUAGGUUCAUCAGAAACAUCAGAAACAACAAAAUUCCUUAAGGCCUCAGGCUCUUUACCCACACAACAAGAAUCUACUAGUGUUUCUGUAUCUGGAACAAGUAAAGUAGAAAAUGCCCAUAUAUUAUGUUCUGAAGAAGGUUUUUUUCCCGAUCCAAAAAACUGUCGAAAGUUCUAUCGAUGUGUGGACGAAGGAUCUAAAUAUACUAAAUAUGAAUUUCAGUGCGGUUCGGGCACUGGGUGGGAUUUGACACUUCGAACUUGCAAUGAAUUGUACCUGCUACCCAACUGUGAUGCUCUCAGUAAUACAAUAGGUAACAAUAAUAAAUCGGAUCCCUCCUCGAGUCAUGCAAACUUCUCAAUUAAACAAAAACAUGAACAAAGCCCAUCAAUCAUUGCACUUAAUCCGGCGAUUAGUACUGUAUCAUCUAACAUUAUAUCGACUAUUUUUGGUAGUAAAAUUAAUAAGUAUGCUUCUAGUACUCGUUUGUCCUUUGCAACAGCAUCUGAAAAAAGUUAUUUACAUUCUACAAUUUCAUCGAAAUAUUUACCUCCUAAUAUUGUGGGUUCCACAACACCAUCCUAUAAAAUCGCAUCUGCAAUGUCUUCUUUUCCUGCCUCUAGUUAUUUAACAUCGGCACAACGCCCAUCUCAGAGUCCAACACAAGAAAUUACUAUCAACACCUUAACCGUUAGAAAACAAAUAUCUUCGAUGACUUUGUCUCCGACAAGCUCGGCAUUAUCAACCGAGUCAACGACUUCAAGGAGCACAGGCUGCCAAGAGGAUGGUUUCUUUCCCAAUAUAAAUAAUUGCAAAAAAUUCUAUCGUUGCAUACAAGACGCUGCAGGAUUUAAAAGAUUUGAUUUCGAUUGCGGACCAGGAACUGCUUGGGAUCAAGGUCUACAAACAUGCAAUUAUGUUUCACUAGUUAGUUUGUGCAAAUCGACAAAAAGUAAAAUCGAAGAAGGUAGUUCCAUACCUUCGAAGCCUCUAAUCUCGGGUGUAUCUGAGAUGUUGACGACCUUAAAUUCGAAUGAAGUAAUUGAAAGUAAUGAAUCCUGUGAUGAUAGACCAAAGCCUCCUUCUGACAAACAAAAUUGCUCACCCACGAAACAAAACAAUAUAGUGUGUAGUGCUUCAGGCUUUUAUGCUCAUCCAACAAGAUGCAAUAAAUUUUAUCGUUGUGUGCAACAAAAAAAUGGUUUUAAUGUUUACUACUUUGACUGCCCACCUGGAACUAUAUUCGAUCCUAGUAUUAGCGUAUGUAAUUAUCCGGAAUCAGUUCACCCAGAUAGAGAUUGCGUUUUGGGACAAGGUACUUCAUGUUCUGAAUCUUUAACCUCAGAAAAGCCAUUAACGUUUCCUGUAGACAUUCAAGAAAUAGCAAGCACUACGAAAUUGCCCGAAAGCACUACUCUAAAUGAAGAAAAUAGUUCUUCAGAAUCAACCACAUUAUCAGAAACGGUGGGAACAUCUUUGGAAACUACGGAUUUACAAUCUGAAAACGAAUCAACAGAAAUGAGUACAGCAACCAGUUCCGAAUUCGGCAUACAAACCGAAGCCAAUACACAAACUGAAGUCAACUCAGUAACUAUUGAAUCUAAUUUAACCACUCAGUUAAAUGAGGGAGGCUCAACAGAAAUAAGCAUAUGGGUGACUGAACAAGGCUCCAUUGACACUGAAACUACGUCAGAAUUAUCUAGUUUUCAGAAACCUACGAUAACAACAGAAGCUAUCCAACAAACAACAGAAAAUCCAACCGAUUCUACAGAACAAAUUGGGUCAGGAAUACAGGGAUCAACUACCCAAACUUUGAAUAUGACAAGUGUCUCUACACCGUCCUUAGAACCAGGAAUUGUUAGCUGUCCAAUAGCUGCAAACCUAGCGGAUGAACAAGUACUUCUGGUUUGUCCGACUGGUUUUAGACGACAUCCAAAAUUCUGCAAUCUACUUUAUCAAUGUACUUCAGAGGGCAACAUGGAAAUUAAGAUUUUAACACUUAGUUGUCCUGAAAAUACUAUAUUUGAUGAAAUGAAAGUUCAGUGUCUUCCGGAGGCAGAAAGUUCACAACCUUGCAUGGGAAAUAAAGCAAAUGCUAGGUUCUACCGAAGACUAGGAGAACAUUCGAUAUCACCUGUGAAGUUAUCUACGAAAAGUAUAUGUCCCAAAGAAGGUCACUAUCCGUAUCAAGAGGGAUGCAGUAGUGCUUUUUACAAGUGCCAACAUAAUUCUAGAGGUUCACUUCAAGGUUAUCUCUAUAAAUGUCCAAAGGACUUUGUGUACUGGUCAAUUUCCAGACGUUGUGAACGAGAAAUUCGUUUACCGAUGUGUAUCCGUUUAGGAUCUACAACAGAGAAAGAUUUUUGGGACAGAAGAUGGGAAGUGCCGAUCGAAGAUUCUAAUCUAUCGGCAAGAAUGUUAUACUUUAAUUAGAGACUUUCAAUUAUAGAUAUUAUAAUUGAUUUUUGCUCAAUGUAGAAGAAGUUAAAGUUUUAAAUCAUGAGUUAUAAAAUAUUUCUAAUAGACCACUCAGGGUCAAACAGACGUCUGUGCGUGCGCGGGAAUCCAAUCCAAUGUUAUAAAAGUGAUCGCCGAGGUGGGGUUAUAGUGACGCUCUAUCUUAAAUAUCUCAAUACUCAAAAACUAAAACGUCACCUGAUUUUUGAAAAAGAAAUUUUAGAUUGAUAUUUUUUUGUAUAAAGCCAUAUAAGUCUUGACACGUGAGUUUGGAACACCAAGUAUAUGAAAAACUUUAAAAUUUUUAAAAACUCGAAAUUGAGAAUAUUGGAAAUUCAGGUAAUUUAUCAAAAAUACGUCCAGACUUUAUUCAGGACUAGUUAAAGAUCUUUCAAUGUUUAGUGU